AUGUUCUUCAACAACAACAAUGGUAGUAAUAACAAUAAUGAGGAUAAGAACAACCUAUUCGGAAAGAGCAACGCGCUGAAUAACAAUGGACAGAAUGCAAACGCGACGAACAUGUGGAACAUGCCCAACAACAAUUUGGGUAACUCCAACUUUUUCGGCAACAACUUAGCAGGUCAGAAUGCGCUAAACCAAAGCAGCCCCAAUAGCAAUAUGAAUAGCAUGGGAAAUGUGAACAAUAUGGGUAGUGGGGGUGGGCUCUUCAACAACAAUAUGAAUGGUCAGACAAGUCUACUAAAAAAUAAUGGCUUCUUCGGAAGUAACGCCAUGAACAAUCAGGACGGAGCGAACAAAAACAGCAACCUUUUUGGGAAUACUCUCAACCCACAAAAUAACAUGAACAAGGGAAAUUCCAUUUUUUCAAACAAUCCCAGCGAUUUAAAUAAGAAUAAUAGCCUUUUCGGAAGCGCUACCUCCAGCCCUAGUGGAAACACAUCCGCGAAUGCUUUUAAUCAAAAUUUGUUUAGUGCGGCUAAAAAAGAUGUGUAUCCAGGUUUCACAAGGAGCCUGGUAGGAAAUACCCUCAAUAGUGGUGGGUCCAGUAUGUUCAAACAAAGUACCCUAGGAAGUUCCAUUGCGUUAGGAAGCCAACUAAAUGAUGAUCGGAGCACAGAAGGUGGAGGCUUAUUCUCAAAGGAACAGUUAGAGGCAGCCAAACAAAUCUUUGCCAAUUCGUCGAGUGCAAAUUCGCUAGGCGGUUUCAGUAACAACAAACCAAAUAACAACAAUAACAAAUUGACAUUUAGUGGAGGAUUUUCCUCCAGUGUAAGUCCUUUUGCAAAAACUAAUGUAAACCCAUUUCAGAGUAUGGCUCUGCAAGCCACUUCACAAGGUGAUAAAUCUCCCACUUCACCUAUGCUCAAUAAUAACAAUACAACCAAAUCAUUCUUCGCUAGUGCUAACAUGAACAAUAACAAUGAAGGGAAAGGAACCCCUUUUGGCAUGUCACCCAUGGGAACCCUCGGAUCAACAAAUAAAAUGAACACAUUCGAUGAUUUUAACAAAGGUAUGAAACCAUUUAAUCAAAAUGAAGGCAGUUUAUUUGGUACGAAAAAUAGCGCAAACAGCAGCGCGUCUCCUCAACUCCUUAACAAUUUUAAUAUGUCUUUCAGUUCAUUUUCAAAGACAAAUACAAGUGAUAUUUUUAAAUCGACCACCACCAACGCGAGUACAUCUCCCUUUCUGUCGUCCUUCAACAAAACAAACAACAAUGAAAAUCCUUUCUCGUCCAAUUCGUUUAAAUCAUCUAGUGAAGUUAAAUCAACUGAAAAUUCAUUCCUCUUUAACAACACCAGCAGUAGCAGUAAUUUAACCCAAACGAAUGCCUUCUCAAAUAGCUUUUCCCUCUUUCCAAAUAAUCAGAGUGCUAAAGGCACCACCACGGGGAUUGAAAAUAAAGACAGUUCCCCUAAUAACCUUUUAGCAAGUAAACCUGUUGAUGGAUCAGCCAAUGUGAAUAACGCUCCUGAGGAACAGACCAAAGGAGAGAAACCAAAUGACCAACCUAGAAUUUCUACCCCGAAGGAUAAUUCACAAACGGGACAAUCAUGUCAGACCAACCAAAGCGGUUCUGAUAAACCAGCCAAAACGGAAGAAGAGAAAGUGCAAAAUGAAACGCCCAAAGAGAAAAUACAUUCUGAAGCAAACAAACUGAAUGAAGUGAAAAUAUCAACAGAGUCGUCGGAACAGAGUAAAACCCUUGCGACAGAAAAAGAUAAUGCACAAAAUGAAAAAAAAAGUACACAGGACGAACAAAAAGAUUCCGCAAAUAAGGAUGAAAAAACGGAGAAAACGAAGGAUAAUACUUCCGAUCUCAAAAGUAGCUCCCUCUUCGGUUUUUCCUUUAUUAAAAGUGAUACAAAGGAAAAUGCAACAGGGGCUACCAGUUUGGAAAAGAACGAUCAAAAUAAAAUAUCCACGUCCAACUUCUUGUUCAGUUUUUCCGGGAAAAGCGAAACCAACGAAAAGGGGGCCCUCGACCAAAAGGGUCAAGCGGCCAUGCCGAACGAAAAUGCUGAAAAUCCUGAAGCAGAAGAGAAGGACAAAAAGGAUGAAAAAGAAAAAGCCCAGAAUGAACAGAAGCACACAUUAUCCAGUUCAAAGGAAACCCCACCCAGUCAACAAAAAGCGGGCGAAAUAAAUUUCAACUUAAAGGAUAAACCUAUCGAGAGUAGCCAAAAAGGUGAACAGAAGGAGGACAAGGAAAAAACAGCCGAUGAAGAACAAAAGGGGAAAGAGCUCUCCAGUUCUCAUAAACCGUCCAUUUUCAAUUUUAACCUUUCUGGCAACCAAGGAUCGAUCGAACCGAAGGAACAUAAGGACAAAACAGAUGAGGAAAGUAAACCCGAAGUUAAGAAAGCUCCAGAUAGCGAUGCCGCUGCCAUGGGCGCAAGUGACAAAACGAACGAAUCCAAAGCGGAUGACAAGAAAAAAUUCUGGUCUUUUUCUUUUACCAAGAAGAAAGAAACGAAGGAUCAGACGGAGUCGAAUGACCUCGCGGAAAAGAGCAAAUCGGGUGAGUUCAAAUUUGGUGAAUUCCCAAAACCAAGUGACCCCGAGAAGCCGAAGGACAUAUUCGAGAGCGCCAACAAGACACCAACUUUUGGUCUAGGGCAAAACGCCCUUUUCGGAGAUAUGAACAAGAAAAAUGAACUCAAAAAUGAAGAUCCUCAAAAGGGGAGCAGCAUCUCCUUUUCAAAUUCUUCGUCCCUUUUUGGAAAGGCCUUCCAACCAGAGUCCGGCAAAGGUGGCUUCUUCUCCGCAGGGGUGGAAAAAAAUAAUAACAUAAGUAGUGGCACUAACAACAGUAGUAACAACCCCUUCUUCUCCACAAAGGAAAAAUCGUCAAUGUUUGCAUCCUUCGGAAACGCUAAAAACGAAGUACAAAACAAACCCCAAAUGUUUGCGCAAAAAGAAGAUGAAGACGUAGACAAGGUAGGCAAUAUGAUAAAUUUCAUUUCGCUAGAAAAUCGAAAAAAAAAUGUGUACUUAAGUAACAAUUUACAGAAUGAAGAGAAAAAUACAGAAAAGCAACAAGUUGAAAAAACUGAAAAUAUAAAUCAGGUGAGUGAAUACAAAACGGUAGAUAACCAACAGCAACAUGCGUUUAAUUUCCAACUAAAGGAAACCAAGGGAACUCUUCGAAAUAAUGAAAAUACGAAAGAAAUGAAUUUUGAAGAUUUCCCAUUUUUAUCUGAACAAAAUGCCAAAAUGCAAAUGCAAAAGCUACAAAUGGAGAAACAAAAACAGCUAGAAAAAGACAGAAAGAACGUCGAAAAAAAUAUAAGACAAAGUGAAUCGUACUUUAAGAAGGACCUGGACAAAGAAAUGAUAAUUGAUGUCAUCAGUAACCUCUCUUCCUUUGUUAAAAAUAAAAUCAAUUUUAUGAAUUACUGUUCAAAUGAAAUAUUGGACAUUUAUAACAAAGUGGCUCAUUACGAUAAAAUGUAUUCACUCAUAUUGGAAGACCAAAUAAAAAUUGAAAAAAAGCAAGAAUCCCUAGAAAAAAGACUAAGACUUAUAGAGAGUGAACAGUGCGAUAUGCUGUCCCUCCUUAAUGAAUUAGAUAAUGAAAAUUCUCUAGGGUUUUUAAAAAUACUCAAUGAAAAAAAUGUAAACAAAGACGAGAUUAUCAAUAAUAAAAACCUCCAUCUGGACAUUGAAAAUUUUGAAAAGCUUGUGGAUAAAAUGUGUGGCUUGGAGCAAUUAAUGAAUUCUCUCCACACCAUGGGAAAGGACGAUUUUGUGAAUGACAUUAUAAACAAAUGCUACGUCAAUGAUUUGAAUUGUGAAGCAAUUGAGAAGCAGCUGAACGGUUCUUCCAGCGAGUUGAAGAAUAUGAAAUGA